AUGGAUGUGCUUGAACCCUUCCCAGCCCCAGCCGAGCUUCUCACCGAAGGUCCCGCUGGACCUGUUGACAUCCCCUUCGACACCCAGGGCGGCCCCUACGCCUUGGUUGACGAGAAAGCUUCCCAGAUUGUCGAGGCGGAGAACCAGAAGCUGGACAACCUGAUGGGCAAGUUCACCAAGGGCUUUGACCCUGGUGCAUUUGGCAGCCUGGUCAAGGAUUCCAUUCCCAUGCUCCUCAAAGAUCUCUUCCCCGGCUCUUAUGCGCAUCUCUUGCUGAUCCUAUUCGAGACCUUCGAGGCGGUUCAGGCUAUCCAGCUGGGUCUAGAAGGUUGGCUGAAAAGCCGCUAUAACGGCAACCCAAUCAUCUUCCCCAGCGAGACAAGCCUCAUUGAGGAGUCCUUUUUUGCGGCUGAGAUUGAGACACUGAGAAAGCUUCUGGAACCCAUCCGUGAGGGAAAUAAGAACUCGAUUUUCUGGGUAAACACUAGACGUUCAGAUCCGGCUUGGACUAGCGAACAGCUGGAAGCAUCUGCUAGAGUCAUUGAGUCGUUCAAGCACGACGUCUAUGCGGUGUUGAACUCGGAACAUGAGAACAGGACCUUCUACAGUAACCUCCCAAUCUCGGUCGAAAGAACGGCAAUGUACAGUUUGAAGCAGAUUCGCAUGGACUCAUGCAGAGCCAGUCUACACUGGGACACCUUCAACGGUACCGACAUCGAGUUCACUGCAUUCUACCAGUACUACAAGGCGCAUGUCUCGAGGACUGAACCAGCAAAAGCUCGAUCUUUCUUCUGGCUUCCUCCCAAGUCCCCGGGAACCCCCCGUCUGUCAGCCGAAGAAGCCGAUAAAGGGGACUUGGCGAACUGGAACUCUCAAGGCGUCGGCGAAGAAGUCAUUGAGCUCCUGCUCAAGACUGCCUUGUGGCUCAGCCUAGCAAGAGGACUAGCCGCUGUUCAUCUGUUCUGCGACGUCGCUAGGCUGUUCCUUCUGCGUCCUCCCCCCAAGUCUAUCACGAAGGAGUAUCGCCGUUUCUUGCUGCAUCUCAUUCGUCUUCGUGCUACGACCGGGGGAGCCCAGUUCUCGCCGUCUCCUCUUGUCCCUCGAGACAACAAAGUCUUUCCCGAUCGUAAUACCGACUACUUUGAGGACAUUUGGAGAACGAGCCAUCAACUCUCUGCAGGUCUCUGCGAUGAGAUAUCUUUGUUUGUCAAGUAUCAGACUCCGAACUUCAAAUUAUCGAAGCCUCCUGUUCGUCGCCGUUCCGGUCAUGCAGACAUGCACUUGAUCACCCAGGCUCAACCCCGUGGAAGCUUGGAUGGCAAAGCCCGCAGCUCGGAUGAGGAAUCUAUGGGACACGACACUGCCGACGAGUAUGACUUUGUCGAUAUCUCGUCUGAGACUUCUUCCAUCUUCCGGAGCAAGACUGUCUAG